AUGGAAGCCAGUACUUCUUCAAAGAUGCAUUCAAGAAAACAAAGGAAAUCCCUAACAAACAUGCUACUGAAAGUGAUGGAGAAAAUAAUAGUCGACUUGGGAAAAUUUUCAGCAGUUGAGGCUUUCAGGAUGAAGAGUGUUUGCAUAUUCUUCAAUGAUGCACGAAAAAUGGUUGAAGUAUAUAAACAUAUGGAGUUACAUGGAUUACGAUUCAGUGGUUGGUCUGACCAGAAACAUGGAGUUGUCAACAAAUGCAUAGAGAUGAGAAACCCAAAUAUUUUGUUCAUCAAUGGAUUGAUGAAGUUAUGUUUCGUAGAAGCUGAACAUGAAGGGAAAACGAUGUGUGAAGAAGCGUCCACAUUGGGACAUUUGAAUUCAACAUUUGUCCUGGGAAUAAUGUUGAUGGCUAAAGGGAGACAUAGGAAGCAGGAAGCAUUGGACAUGUUGAACAAUGCUUACUGUAGAGCAACAAAUAAAUGGAAUCUUAGAGCAACUUGUUCUAAGGUUCAUCUCAACUUAAAUAGGGAGAGAAGGAAACAUGUACACUUCCAUGGCUUCAAUAGAACUUGUGCAAUGCAUAACUUUGUAAUUAGUGUCUCAGAUGCUUUUGUGAAUGGAUAA